AUAUGAGCCGCGCUUAAGGAAAACGUGGUAAAAGUGUCGUCACAGAUCAGCUCGUGCAGUCCGCAUAGGCUAAUAAGGAACGAGACUUUCCACCUUAACUGGAUUUUCGCUAAGAAGGGACUUUCUUUAAACGCAAAAUACCAUAACAGCGGAAAGUGUCGUCCCUGAAUAGAGUGUGGACUGCGCAGGCUAAUCUUGGACGACACUUUACGCACAUGCAUUAAGCUACGUUUUCCCAGACCAGGCUAAUAUUGUAUUUAUUCAUUUAUAACAUACGUACUUAUGAACAAUAAUGUGGAUGACAACAAAAACAGAUAAUCGUUCACCAUCGUUAAUCACGCAAAAGUAUUAUGGUGCUUCUAUUGAUGCUAUAAUCACGUGCAUGAACGUUAGUAUGGGUAAAUGCUAAAACAUAAACCUGCUAAUACAUACAGUCUUUAGUAUUUCUAUUCGUAAAAUACCAAAAGAAUUGUACGGUUGUGUUUAAGACAUAAACUUUAAAUGUUAUGAAUACGUACUUUAUUCGAAAUAAGUUUGUUAUUGAAUGAACCCGCUAGGCGAGUUAACAUACACAUUUUCAUGUAAAAGCACUGCAUGAAAUACACGCGAUAGAGCUGUUAUAUGAUUAUAUUAACAUCUUAAAACACCCAAAUUAAACUAGAGCAUUAAAUUAAUUAAUAGUGUUGCUAUCCAAGAAGAUAGAAUAUUGCCUUAAUUUUAAUGUUACUUUAAAGCGGCCCAUCCACACACACUAUAUAAUUGUCAAUUUUAUUGACUCAAUAAUAUUGACAGAACAUUUUUUGUCCUCAAGUGUACACAAAUAUCAUCAAUAUUUUGUUCAUUUGUACUUCGGUCAUCAUUCAAACAAGAAAGAAAAUUGACAAUGCGUCAAUAAAUAUUUUAGAUCUCUCAUUUUCAUCAAUACAUUGACGGUGACUUCAAUAUCAUCCAUUCACUCUCAAUUUUAUUGUCAAUCUUCUUUAUUGACAAUAAAAUUGACAAUAAUAUUGUGUGUGGAUGGGCCGCUUUAGUUUUUCCUUUCCCAGAAUGCAAUUGUACUGUGGCCGGAAGUUGGACAAGAUGGUUUCCUCCAUGGGCACCAUUCCUGCCUACAGCACGAUUAUACAGAUUAUGAUUAAGCAGCAAAUACACGAGUUGUUGCGCCGCCUAGCGGACACAGGGGAAGAGAGUGUGGUUUUGAUCGCAAAUGUUCACGAUGGUUCCCGGUCUGCCCUCGGAUCUCCCAAGGGAGAGAACUUCAUGCAGGAACCACUUCUCGAGCACACAGGAGUUGUCUCCAAUUUCUUCAAGCAUUUUACAUGUCAUCUUCGGCAUAACGAGCUGAUGAUUUCAGACAGCCAACUGAACGUUAAAGUAAUCCAAGCAGAAAUGCAAGGGGGACAACUGCUGCACAAUAGCCCAACUUUUAAAGGGAGACAAGUUGUUCAAUCGGACGAAGACGAGCGCUCAAGAGACUUUUCCAACAUCAUAAGGGUGAAAUCCGAAUCCAACCAAUCCAUUGACCAGACUGUUUCCAGGCUGGUAAAGCGAAUACUUAGUGAAUCGAAGAAAAGAGAAGCGGAGAGUUACAAAUCAUUCGAUUCAAACGCAGGACUUAGUGGGCGGAAACGUUCAAAUCAGUAUUUGACUCCAAGAUCACCAGAUUUGCAUUUCGAAAACACUAAGGACGAAAGGUAUGGGUCCCAUAAGAGAAGACGGAUAUCAGAAUUUUUUCCUGCAAUAAAAUCUCCGCCCGAAUCGACGAAGGGCUGGGCUUCAGACUCGAGGCAAAUCUCUGAAAGAUGCGAAGCCAGUGACCGGGAUGUGGAUAGCGUUGAUAAACAAUCUGAACAUGAAAGCAAUACGGAUGGCAUUGUUAUUGUUAAAACUGAGCCGGAAUCAGAAGAGUAUGAUAAUCCGUUGAAUGGUGCUUUGCCGGGAGAAACUCCGCAAGCAAUUGAUGAUGGUAGAAAUGUCAGAAAGAAUAGCAGAAGUGACCAAGAGCAGAGUAAUAACGCUAUGGAUGCACGUUGUGAAACGGAUGGGACCGGAGAUUACAUUGAUACAAACGCAAAAAUAGCGACUUCGAAAACAAGAGGGAAAAAACUUGGAGAUGAAAGGCCCCAGUGUCCCGAUGGUGAUGAGUCUGGAAGCGAUCUCGAGCUCGUUGUAAGCAGCUGUCCCACAGUGCAUAUUGAAGAGGACGAUAUAGAUUUACCCUUUGUCCAGGACUAUUACUCUAACGCAAAGACGCCAGUGAGGAUAAAUUGUGGCCGCCCUUACAGGCCGCGAAAAACAUUGGGUUAUGACGUAAAGCAUCUGGAUAAAGACGGGCCGGACGGAAGCCUUCAAUACACGCCCUCCUACAAGACGGGUCACUUCAAUCUGCGCGUGCGCGGCUUCUCGUACAUCCGGGACAAGGUAGGCAAGCUGGGCACUGUCUACUGGAAGUGCCGCCACGCCGGCUGCAAGGGGCGCGCGAUCAAACGUGACAACGAGGUCAUACUGUCAAAGGACCAUAACCACGACCCCGAUGAGAAUUGACGGCUUUUCGGAACCAAACUGUUAAACAUUGGUUAUAUCAGAUACCUAUAAAAAAUAUAUAUAUAGGUCCCUGGUUAAAUUAAUUACAAUCUCGACCACGAAGACAAUAGAAUGCUGCUCAAAAUAAAGUUGUUCAACCAUUUAA